GUUUUUUCAAGUUUUUUUUCUCGCUAGUUGGUGCUGUCGGCGUCCUGAUUUUCGCUGGCGGAUGGUACAAACAGGUAAAUACUGCUUCUCUUUUUUGCAUCCAAGCAUGUCGUGUUUAUUUAAAAAAAAAAAAAGUUUCCUCCGUUUUUAGCGUUGCAGUUAUGACAGGCAAAAUCAGCCAGUACUUUAAAAAGCGACCUCGCGAGGAGGAAAGUCAAGAGUCCAGGUGAAACACAGCAAAACGUAACAGGCAGUUAAAAUGCUAUAAUUCAUGUUGGUGACAACGUGGAAAUUUGUGUCAGGUCUGAAAGUAGUUCACAAGGGACUGGUGAUCGCGAGGGUCAGAAUGCAGGACAGGACGAGUCGGCGAGGCGAGGGUAAUUAAUUAAUUAGUUUCCAAUUAGGAGCAUAACAACGCAAAGCCGACGUGUACGUGGUUUUUAUUCGUCUUUCCAGAUCUUCUCAAAAACACAGAGCCAGUGGCUUUGACAAGCAGUGGCUCAAUCAAUUUACCUGGCUCAGGCAUACUGAGGAAGGCAUGCACUGUUAUUUAUGCCAAAAGCACUGUGCCCCAACACAGCAGGCAAUUGCUGCCUCCUUAGUGAGACAGCCAUCAACCAACUACAGGCUGGACACAUUAAACAGACAUGAGGUGACAGCCAUUCACAAAGCAGCUGAAGAGAAGGAGAAAUAUAUUAAAGAUGGUAGUACCUAAAAAAACUCAACUAAUAAAGUUACAAAAAAUAAAUAACAUAGUUUAGACAGUUUAAGAAAUAAUUGGUUGUCGUUUUUUUAGGGAGGACACUGCAGCGUAUACAUAUAUAUGAUUGAAAACACUAUCACUCUUCAUGUCUGUAUCAGAAUAAAAACAAAAAUACUUAAUGCAUGAUGAAUUGUUUUGUUUAAGGUGAAGACACCUCUGUGGAACAGACUGAAGGAGAGGCACUUGGAUGUCUGUUGUAAGGUGGCCGUUGAUGGACCAGACCAGGAGGCCUUGGACUACAAGGAGUGCAUGAGGAGGUUCUACAGAAUGAAAAAGAGGAGGCUGAAAUGUUCUGUCUGGUUGUGAGAUGUGUGGAUGAAGUGUACUUUCAAUUUAAAGUUGCCAGCUGAUUUGUGUAUGUAUAUAGUUUUAAUAAAUGAAUGCUUUAACAUGAUAAUGGUCACACUCUUUGAACUCUUAACUUAAAGUAUGUUGCCUGUAAAAGAAAGUGAAUCGGUUGAAUUUACAAAUACAUGCACGUCGUGGCGCAUGGUCAGGAUGGUGCCACCUCUGCCUCAAUUUGAGCCAGGAAAAACCCUGUUGUUUCUUUAAUAAACAGAAGCCCUCAUUGUUUUAUUUCUUCCAGUCUAAAUACAGUUCGGAGUUCUUGAUGAAUUCUUGCUUGUAAUAAAAAGGAAACAAUCAGUUGCAGCGUUUUAUACGAUCGAUGGAAAGUGGGACUCGAAAGAUCACAGACUUAAAUUUCAGUCAGGAUUCUGGUUCACUCAGACUGAAUAGAGUAGUGGAGGAGUAUAACACAAUGAGACCUGCUAAUAGCAUAGUUUAGAUUGGUGGAGCACUUUUAUGUUCAGCUUGAAUGUAAUGUAAUCAAAAUAUGCAGCACAGACGUUUUUCAGCGGUUAUUUUUUUGAGCAUCCAUCAGAAAAUAGAAAUCAUCUCCAAAACUCAACUUUGCAUCACAAUGUUCAACUUAUCCAUGUGUUUUGUCAUCUUUAAAACUGAAAUUCUCUCUAUUUUUUCACUUCCCUGUAGACACAGCGAAGAAUACACACUGCAGACUUCUCGUCAAUGUGAAACCGAGACGUGGGAAAACUUUUCCUUGCCUGCAGCUAUCGACUCAUCCAAUAAGAAGGCUCCUACAUGGAUGCAUUUACUGGCUUGUUGUCGAGACCAAGUGUUUUGGCAGGAGCUGCUGGAAGCUGCCAUUGAAGAUUUAUCCAGCCAAAACCCAAAUGCAACCCCCUCCUCCUACCACGCUUUGCCCGUACGCAUGCCCUCCAUCACUGCCACCAGUUGACACAUGCUCACUGUGACAUCUUGACUGAUUGCCUCAUUGCCACUGAAGCAGGGGGCCAUGACUGAUGUGUCAUAUACGCCGUCUAGCUGUGGCUCUAUGAAACAUGGAUGACAUGCUGGGAACACUGAAGAUUUAUUAAGUCGAGUACUUGUACUUUAUGGAGUUUAUCUGAGAUUCAAAACACCUUAACUAAAAUCUCCAACAGUUAAUUAAAUAUGUGAAGAAAUAAAGAGCUGUUGUAUUGACUGUAGCUCUCAGCAGACUUGUUCUGAAUUUGUUUGUUUUAGUAUUAAUGUCUUAGUUCUUGAAAGCUUUUCUUGUAUUGGGUCUGAAAUGUUCAGAUCUAUUUUCUUUAAAAGUUUAAAGAGCUUGUGUCAUGCCUUUUUAUACAGUAAAAGACUUUGAAAAACUCUUAGAGAUAUCUUUAAAAAGUUGUAAUUUUUUGUGCUAGUUGGAAAUUUUCAACUAUUGCUUACUGAAGACCAACAACAGACCAACAAAAUGAUUGAAUAUGUCCAUUUCCCCAUCAAAUCAAACCUUCUUAAUUUGAUCACAGGUCAAGUCUCGCCUUCUGCAAGUCAGAUUGUUCACUGAUGUGAAUACGAUCAAUAACCAAUAGGUGUGCUCGCACAGGAAGCCAAACAAUCAUGAAGGGAAGGUGAACCAACGGAGACAUCUGAAAACCCAAAGUCAGAGGAGUAAACGUUGGUGUUUUAUGUUCAUUAAAGUUAGCAUCUGAAAAUAGCAAGAGCUCGUUUCAUUUCAAAAUGUCAGAUAUUUAAAAGAAGUGUUUUGGAGUUUGAGUUUGCACUGAGCAUGAUUCAACUACAAUGUAUAUGAAACUUAUCCUAGAAACCAGUCAAGACACUGAAGCUUUGCCCAACAGCAGUAUCGUUAUCCUGGCAGAUGUCUGUCAAAUAUGACUGAUUAUACACACUAAUCUUCAAAGUCCCACUCUGAUCGUAUUUGUUUACUAUUUAGGAUAUGAUCAGUGGUCGUUCAAUUGUGAUUAUGAAGUUUUUAGCCAAAAUCAUGUUACUUGUGUCAUUUUCCAGGACUUUACUUCAGCAGAGCUUCAGUAGCUCAUUAGCAACUCGCCUCUGAGUCGUGUGCAGAGACAGCGCUGCUCUGCACACUCCUCUUCAUGCUAGCUUGUAGCCUAACAGGUAGGUAAUACAGGACGCUAAUGUCUUUGGGGGGUAAGAUGAAAGUUUGUAUCAUAAUUAGCUUUCUUACAAGCAUUGCAAUCCACUAACGCACACGCUUGUUCCGCGAUCGUCCUUUCUAUUUCUCGGAGUCUGGCCUGCAUAGCUGGGCUCUGGGGGCGGAGCUUGGAGUUAUGACAUAGGAAAUCCCACUGUGUUUGAACCUGCCAUUUGGGUCUGCCAGAGAUUUUCAGCUUUUUUGAGUAAGUUUUCUCAUAAUACGUCCUCUAGCAUCGGAAAAUCCCACAUGAACAUGUAGACAACAAGAAAAAAAUGAUUUUCACUGGAGAGGGUCUUUAGACAUUGUCCACACAGGAUAAAUUUGCUUUUUCAGACAGUUUUUCUCAAGUGUAUCUUCACAACUUUUAGUGGCUGCUUCAUUAAACUGCUGGCUGAGACCACCGGGUUCGCAUUUUUACCAAUCCACCCACAAUUUCAGGCGCUGGGCGACGUUCCUCUCCAUUUAUAUUAAUGAUCUGGUUUUAAAGGACUCAGGAAGGUUAUACUUCAUGAUAUACUGUGAGUACAUGUCAGCAAAUUCUCAAUACCACCUACUAUACACUGAAGGCAAAUUGGUCGGUCGGGUCAAAGGGCACAAGCGACACUGCUCUUGAGGUCCCUACAUCAAUACACAGCAGAGAAACUAGCCAGAGGCAGCAGUGGGUCCUGUGAGGGGGAGGUGAGGUCGGCCAUCAUUUAUCAGCUCUUGGUAGCAGUAGCAGUGACUGGGACACCAAUGCAUCAAUAAGCUACAGGCGCACACAUACUGAUACCCACAUGCACAAUGGUACUAAUGAGGUCCAAUGGAAAAGGUUACAGCUCGGAGCGUGGAGUAGGUGCACAGCCAUGUGGUGGAUGGCAAAUUCCCAACCACGUGUAAUUCCCUCCUUCAUGAAUCCCUCUGUUUUCAAUCUGUAUGAUAAAGAGCCCCAGAGUAAGCACGGCGAACCAGGGAUCCUGGCAAGAAAUAAAGGGCACCCAGAGUGGAAAACAGCAGGGAAGAAAAGCAGCCAAACUCCUCCAGACAACCGCCUUGGAAGCUGGGGGAAUUUCUAUCCACCCUGCAAAUAUUGAUUUUUGUCUUUGCCGCCCUUUCCAUCAAUGCUUCACACUAAGCCCGCCAUCCCCAACCCCCACCGCUGCUGCUGCCUCUUCUUGCCCCCGCUCUGGCAAAAGGGCUGGCGAUGUCCUGGGUGGUUGUUAUAAAAAGGAGCACACUAAAGUCAUGAUGUGGUUCACUUGCUUUUAACUACAAUCUUCACUGCCUUCUGCAUUCAACUGUACCAUUUCACGGCCCCGAAAGGUUUUUCUAUCAAAGUCAAAGUCUGGAGCAGAAGAGAAUUGUUUAGCUCUGGGCUGCACAAAUCAUCCAGAGUGCUGCACAUUGUACUGUGUUUGAUUAUUGUGUGUAUCAAAGCACUUGUAGAGUCAAUUUAAGACCACUUGUGCAAAACUAAAUAUCCCUCCCUCUGACCGCAGUCAUCGCUGCUCAAGUGUCGUGCUGGGUAAUAGGGGAACAAGAUUUUUUGUCCUGAGCAGAUUCUGCUGGUGGAUAAAAUUACACUCCCAGCCUCUGUCAUUAAAGCUAUACUUCGUCCUCAUAUUACCUCACAAAUACUAAUAUUUGCAGACUCUACAGCAUGUGCAGCAUACUGCAUAUUGUAUCUCUAAAACAUAGAAAUAUAACAUGAUACAGCAUCGUGAAUUUCGACAGACUCUCCUCAAAAUAAUGAUGAGCUAAUAAAUACUAUAAAUAUGAUAUAUACACUGCCAUGGCCUUCUGUACUGAAAAAACUGGGUGAAACAGCUCAGAGUUUGCUCCCGUAUUGACACGGAUCCCUUUUUCACAGCAGAGACACAGCGGUCCCUGGACACUACGAUGUAGCCAGAAACCGGGUUUUCCUGACAUUUUAUGGAGACCUUAUUUCAAAGCUGGGGAAGUACAUAAAUAAAACAAAGCCUGGAGGCAUACAGGCCCAGUUUUGAUCUGUGGUGGAUGUGAAACUGAAUGAACUCAGCAUGAAGUCAGGGUGAGGGCAGGGGCGGAACCAGGGGGUGGCCCUUGCCCUCAUCCUGACCGGCCACCCCAGGGUUUUUAACUUUUGAUUGGCUAUCUAGGCCUCAUCAGUUGAGACUUUGGUUGAAAUCAAUUAUUUAGGGUCUAUUUUAACCAGCUUUAAGCUUCAAUGCAAUUAAAUGAAGCUCAUUUUCAAUAUUACUUUAUUAAUUUGAGACUUAGAACAUCAAUCUGAGUCCUUGUAGGUUUUUACUGAUGUUUUUUUCAUGUUGCCAUUUUGCUGUUUUUCAAAGUUCUAGUUAUGUGUUGGACUUUGAUUCCUGCAUUAUAAUUAAAGCUCCUGUGAGGAGUUUUUGAUGAUAAUGAAAGAUUAAAAUCCAUGGUGUGCACAAAGCAAACCCACGUCAACAAAAUUUUCAUACUGCCUGAUUUAAUGCGUAAAAGUGGUUUGAGGUGGAUGUAUGCAAAGACUGCUUUGUCCACAGGGGGGAGCCAAAUCUGGCACAAACCAAAAGUUCCUCACAGGAGCUUUAAUUGAAAGUUUAACGAAUAAAUAAAUGCUGAGUAAAUAAAUGCAGUUCAUCUGUGGGCACAAAUACUUGCACAUGUAAAUGCUCCCCUUGUGAAGGUCAGUGCAAAAAAAGGUUAUAACAUCCCUGUGUUAGGAAAUCAAAAUGUUUUGCCAAAUAUUAUGACCUUUCUCUAAAACUUUUAAUGUUAAAUCAGGCAUCCUGCGUCACACUCUGAGAAUAAAUAUAUGGAUUUUACCAUCUGGUGAAUUGCCCAUGUCUUCACAGUCUUUAUUUCUUAUGCAAAAUCAUCGUUCUGUUACUGUACAGAUGAAACUUCGUGAUAGUCUUACCCUGAGGCAAACAGGUACAUAAAAAGAGGAGAAGUUGGAGGUUGUUCAGAUUUUAUUCAUUAACUUUUUUUUCUUCUUUCAUGAAACAAGUUUGUUACAAAGCUGAGCAUCACGAUGAAAAGAAAGGGCAUGAUUAAAAGUUUAGAUGAUUUCAGGGUUCAUAUUUUUGUCUUUUUUUUUAACAGAGUGAAGCAUUUUGUUAUAUGACAUCCAUAGUACAAGAACUAUAAAAGAGGUAGAAGUCAGAGUAACGUAAAACACUUUCUUUUCCUGAAGCCUUUUUUAUUCAAUCAUGAAACCACCUCCAGUUUCCUAAGUUACUCACUCAUCCACGCACUCCAUGAGACUGCGCCAUCUGGCAGCUGCAGAGCCAUCAUGGAAGCCGACUGACUCUGCAGACAGCAGACACAAUCGCGGCCUCCUCUUUUUUUCUAGCGGGGGAGCUGGUUUGUGAAGGUUUGCUGUCCUCCAGGAUGUGGGUAACUCUUUCAGAUGUCCUGAGGGGGCUAUUUUUGUUGACAUGUAGCGAUGUUGGCCCAAAUUUAUCAGCUCUGUCGCUUCAGGUCAUUCUGCACUUGCACUUUUUUGAGUGUUUUUCUUACAUCAAACAUGUCUGAGGAAAGGACGGCUCAGAAGGAUAGAAACCUUUGAACACGACUUGGAAGAGUUGUGGAGACUUGGGAUAAUUCAUUAUUUUUCAAUGUAUUUCUAAAACUAUUCCCUCCAUUGAAAAUUUGAGGCACUUUUAAUCCAAACAAGGUGCGAGAAACAGAAGAAUGGUGUCUACAAACAGAAGCGAUGUGGUUGCUGCUGCUCUUUUUGUCAUUUUACGCCGAUGGAAACAUCACAUGAAGUCACACUACAAUGACGGCAUUCUUAGUUUUAACCAGAGCUGCUCCUCUUGGGAUCCACGAGCUGUCAAAAAUGCAGCGCUAAGUGUUAAGUUACACUUGUGCCUGUGGCGAUAUCGCUACACUAUAAUACUUUGUGGCAUGUAGGUCUGUGUUUGUGCCAAUACUUCCACAGGAGAUGUUAAGAUCGGACUUAUUUGCCAGCUCGCUGUAAUGCCUGAUUAACAAAAAAAAGGGGGCAAAAAUAGCAUCUUUACUUUACUUGUUAUAUCAUUUAAUUAUUUUAACUCUUUAGGGAGUUCACUGACUUCACUAACUUCCAGGAGAACAACAAACAUGGAGAUUGUAAUUCAUCAAAAACAGAUGAUUCUGCACUGCUCUGGUAUUUGGCUGUGGGGAAAGGGGGACUUCAUCCC